AUGACUAGUCACACCGGCAUCGGCUUCCAGAAUCACCACCAGCCUUCAGAAUCAUCUUUGAUACAUCUGAGAAUCACUUGCUUUCAACAAGUCAAGAAGAGAAACAACAUGAGCCAGUCAACCCAGCAUGAAUCAAUCCCAUACUAUGAGAACACUCCUCUUGAGAACACCCCUCCCACCGCGCCACCUCCUCCCAAAGAUGGAGAGGAUGAUCCAGAGGAGAAUGACCCCUUUUACGAGACGAAGGACAGUGACACUCCCAUCACUCUCCCCAGCCAUGGGGGCACCGGGGGCGUGGACUCCAUCACAUUCAGAGAGAGUCGUCAGGACAGGUCUGAGAGUGAGCACACUCCCUGGUGA